AUGGCGAGUACUUCUCUACCGUCUCCGAAGCUCGACCGGUACGUGGUCAUCCACGUGGCCACGACCUGCGAUGAACACGGGGUCUAUGUGACCAAAGACUCGGCAGAGGUCAUUGAAAUGGGCUGGAUCCUGCUGGACAGUAAGACUUGUGACGAGAUCUAUCGAGAAAGCGUCUUGGUGAAGCCGAUAAACACACCCAUCACACCGCUCUGCACCAGCCUCACCACUCUGACCUGGGAGCAUGUUCGCAAUGCCGGGUCCUUCCGGGACGCCGUGACUCGUUUCGACCACUUCGCCCAGGAGCAUCUGAUAUCCAAGAAUUUGGAGUUCUCCUUUGUAACACUCGAUGCCUGGGACUUGCGGGUGCAGCUCCCCCGAGAGGCUCGCGACAAAUCAGUCGUCCUACCGGCUUACCUGCAACACUCGCGCACCUUUGACCUGCGCUCAGAGUACGCCCGUUGGCAACAGCACCAUCCAGAGUCCCUGCCCUUCGGCCCCAGCUCCCUAGCAAACAUUUGUGCUGCUCUCGAGGUGGAGCCUGUGCAAUCCUCGGCUCCAAUCAAGCACAACUUGCCCUUCCAUCUGCAGGCUUUGGCGCCUGCCUCCCCUCGCCGGGCAAUGGAGGAGGCGGUCACUCUUGCCAGGGUGCUGCGCGGCCUCAUUCGGAAGUCCCAACCCGCUCACGAGCAUCCGGAUGUCUUGACUCGACCCAUGGAUGCCAGGGCGGACGUGAACGCCUUUCUGAAAGAGCGUAGCAAAGUCCUGCACAUGAACGGUCUGCCGCACGACACAACCCAGUCUGAACUCGAAAGCUGGUUUACUCAGUUCGGAGGAAGGCCGAUUGCUUUCUGGACCCUCCGUACUCCGGACCAGCACAAGCCCACAGGCUCGGGGUUUGCCGUCUUUUCUUCACACGAAGAGGCUGCUGAAAGUCUCUGCAUGAACGGACGCGCUCUCAACGAAAAGGCCAUCGAGGUCUCGCCUUCAUCAAGUCGAGUCCUUGAUCGUGCCGCCGAGAUACUCACACCUUUCCCUCCAAGCAAGAAUAGACCUCGACCCGGUGAUUGGAACUGCCCUUCCUGUGGCUUCUCAAACUUUCAGCGCCGGACCGCAUGUUUCCGCUGCUCUUUCCCUGCAGCUGGUUCAGGCGGCGGUGAUCCCUACGGCUUCAACCCCUACGGUUACCCACCACCUCACAUUAUGGGUCACCAUCCCCAUAUGGGUCACCACGGUCACGGUAUGGGCCAUCAUGGCCGCGGUAGCGCUGGUCCUGUUCCUUUCCGUGCUGGUGACUGGAGGUGCGGUGCAGAAGGAUGUCAAUACCACAACUUUGCCAAAAACGUCAACUGCCUGCGCUGUGGCGCUCCCCGUUCGGGCGCGGCGAUCGUUGUCGAUUCUUCUUAUCCGUCUCCCAUGGGCCCGCCAUCGGAAUUCGGCAUGGGCCCUGGGUCGAUGGCUAGCACCCCAGGCCCUGCCCCCUACGGCGCCGGUGCUGCUGCGUUCGGGUCUGGAGCUGCGUUCGCCCAACCACCGCCUAGCCAGUAUGGCAUGCCUUCUGGCAUGGGCGCUCCUGGUGCUGGGUUCCCUCAGAUGGGUGGCAUGACCCCCGGAUACGCUUCAAGCAACAUUUCCCACUCAUCCUUUGGUCCAGCCGCCCAAGCCGCUUUCAGUGGUGCCGCCGACAACACCACCCCAGGAAGCAUGCCUCCCCAGAAUGGCUUCUACGGUACCGAGCAGGGCGCAGAUCCAUUUGCUUUCCUUUCCGCCGGCAUCCAAGGCCUCGGAGUGGGCGAUGAGAAUCAGCCACCGCGCCGUAAUGGCGGCCCUCAAACCGCCAAGAGUCCUGCUUAG